CUCAUCGUUAUUCCGAACUUUGCAGAAGAUUUUUCCGUAGCCGUUGAAUUCAACACCUGGUGCCAAGAAAUGGGCCCCCCGGACCGUCGUCUGCGAUAAUGUAUAAAAGUUUGAGAUCAAGAUGGCGGAGCUCAAGUAUGUUCUUCCAAGCUUUUUCGGUUUCGGCAGUAGUCUGUUUCGCAUUGGUUCUUUCAUCUCCAAUACCUGACCAAGAAACUACUGCCCUUGCAAAGCGUGGUGCAGUGCUCUCUGGACAGUGGGAUACAGAAUCUGAGGUUGGUCGGCGGUUUAUCCUGGAAAAUAAUCUGUGGGGUAUGAGUGCUGCUACUAGCGGCUCUCAGAACUCUCAAGUCACGGCAACGAGCGGAAACACAAUCACUUGGCAUACUACGUAUACAUGGCAGGGCGGGAAUUCCGAUGUGAAGAGCUACGCAAACUUGGACCUACGUGUUGGACUUGGUAAAAGUAUAUCUUCUAUCGGCUCCAUCCCUGUUACUUGGCAAUGGAGUUAUAGCAAUGCUUCCUCUGGCUUGGUUGCAGAUGUCUCCUAUGACCUUUGGCUUUCGAAUGUCGCCUCUUCUAGUGGCGCCUCGUCGACCUCUACUUACGAAGUUAUGAUUUGGUUGAGCACUCGUGGAGGUGCCGGACCGGCAGGCUCUCAGAUUGGCACGGCGACUAUCAAUGGUGUUACAUGGAAGCUAUACCAAGGCACUGUCUCCACUUGGACCGUCUACUCGUUCGUAGCUCCCAACGAGAUCUCGAGCUUCGAUUCUGAUCUCAAACCAUUCCUGACCUAUCUUACGUCCAAUCGCGGUGUUUCGUCGUCUCAAUUUCUGGUUCAAGCUCAGGGAGGUACCGAGCCCUUCAUCGGCUCCGCUACGCUUAGCACAAGCGCGUACGCUAUUUCAAUCAACUGAGUGUUUGGUUGCAAGAAGUAUAUAGCUUACCCGUAUCUGUGAAGAAUUCAAAUUUAGUUGACGCAUGUACUGGCGGUGAUAUCCUGUUUUGGUCUUUCACCUUUACACUCUACUGCUCUGCAUGCCCAUCCAUCCAUCAU